UAGUGGUCUUACAUUUCACAGGCUCUCCAGCGCCACGCCAAGCCAGCGUCACAGCCACAGCCUAUUCUGUCGGUUUUUUAAAAUUGCGUUGAAUCAUUCUAACGCACCGGGACUUUGGAGAUACGGACCGCGUGCGAAUGUUAAAAGUCAAUCUGGAUCAUAUGCUAUGUUUAUCCUAUAUGCGCUCUCCAGCGGCAAAACCUGGCGAGGGGAGUGAACUGACAGAGUUCUGCUAUGUAAACUGACACCAGCAUCUUUCUCGUUUUCUCGUUGUUUGGAAAGAAAACAUGGGGAGACAAAGACGCUAUGACUAAAUGCGUUUUAUGCUCGAAUAUGUGGAAACUCUGAUCAAUGAAGGUGUUAUUCCGGCUUGGACUUAACUAGGCUCGACGAAAGGUUGCGUUCCAAUAUUCCGUGCUUUACGGAGUCGGUUAUGCUAAAAGACUUCACAACCUGAAUAUUACAUUGUUACUACUGCGAGGGAGCACCGUACAAGAUAAUACAUCCAGAAAGGCUUUCCGAGGGGGGACCGCCUUCGGUGUCUCGAGCUGCCAUCUCCUGGGCCGUCCUAUCAGAGGAGCUGCUAAGUAACUGUGCGGAGAGCGGGACUGACAGGAGACAUGGGCGGGGCUAAAGUCCUGCUGCUGAUGCUCGUCAUUGGCUGGGACAAGACGAUGUGUGCGACGAACUGGAAUCCAAUCCCCCGCAAGACGGUCCGGCACUUCGAAGUGUCAGACAGCAUGGCACGGUUUCACGCGGCGGGAGUGUGCAAUUACAGCAUCUUGACGCUGUCCGAGCACGACAAGGUGCUGUACGUCGGCGCGAGAGAGGCCCUCUUCGCCCUGGACCCCAACGACAUCAGCAGGCAACUGAGGCCUCAGAUUGAGUGGCCAGCCCCUCAGGACAAGAAGAAAGAGUGCGCUUCGAAGGGAAAAAACAACCAGACGGAGUGCUUCAACUACAUCCGACUCCUGCAGACGUACGACCACACGCAUCUCUAUGCCUGUGGCACCUACGCUUUCCAGCCCAAGUGUACUUACAUUAACGCUGACCACUUCAGCCUCGGCUCCGGUGGCCUGGAGGAUGGCAAGGGGAAGUGUCCGUACGACCCUGCUAAGAGCUACACCGGCCUCAUCAUUGAUAAAGAACUGUACUCUGCCACCUUCAACAAUUUCCUGGGCACUGAACCAGUGAUCCUGCGUAACCUGGGCCAGCAGCACUACGGCAUGAAGAGCGAACCUACGUGGCUCGGUGAGCCCGAGUUUGUGGGCUCGGCGGUGGUGAGGGAGAGUCGGAGCAGCAGCGAGGGUGACGACGAUAAGAUCUACUUCUUCUUCAGCGAGCGUGCCGUCGACCUGGACUGCGAUCCAGAGCUCACUGUAGCCCGAGUGGCCCGCAUCUGCAAAGGAGAUAUGGGGGGCACUCUGACCCUGCAGAAGAAGUGGACCACCUUCCAGAAGGCUAACCUGGUGUGCUCGCUCCGCGACCGCCACGUCACCUUCAACAAGCUGCGGGCCGUCUUCACCCUGCCGGGCCUGGACUGGCGGGGCACCAGCUUCUUCGGCCUCUUCCACGCCCAGUGGGGCGACGUGGACGUGUCGGCCGUGUGUCAGUACCAGGUUGAGGACAUGAGGAGAGUGUUCAACGGGCCUUAUAAGGAGAUACAGCAGGGCUCCGGGCGCUGGACCCGAUACCGGGGCGCCGUGCCCAGCCCCCGACCAGGAGCGUGCAUCACCAACUGGCACCGCGAGAACAACUACAACAGCACCCUGCAGCUCCCCGACACCACCCUCAACUUCGCCAAGAGCCACCCGCUGAUGGAGGACGCGGUGGAGGCGCAGCCCCUGCUGAUCACCAAGGGGGUCAACUUCACCCGGCUGGCCGUCGACCGGGUCAGCUCGCUGGACCAGCGCCAGUACAGCGUGCUCUUCAUCGGCACCGCGGAGGGGUGGCUUCAAAGGGUGGUAAUCCUGGGCGCAGAGGCCCACGUGAUUGAAGAGAUCCAGCUGUUUGAUACCCCGCAGCCCGUGGACAGCUUGACCAUAUCCCACUCCAAGAAGUAUUUGUACAUUGGCUCCAGCUCCGCGGUUCUCCAGCUGCCCUUGGCCAACUGCAGCCGCUACCACUCGCUGCCAGACUGCCUCCUAUCCAGGGACCCGUACUGCGCCUGGGACAGCGAGGGACGCGCCUGCGUCCGCAUCGACCUCCACCGCGGGUCGACCUCCACGCUGACACAGGACCUCAUGCUGGAGAGAUUCAGAGGAGGCAAGCCCAAGUUCGACAAGCCCUUCUCCAUCCCCAGCCCAGAGCACUCCAGACUGAAGAACGUGACCGUGGUUGUCGGGUCUGACCUGGUGCUGCCCUGCCACCUCGUGUCCAACCUGGCCCAGCCCUCCUGGUUCCUGAACGACAGGGAGCUGGCUCUGGGCAACGAGGCCAGCUCGGGGCCCCGGUUCGACCGGGCCCUGAAGGCCCUGGUGGUGCCCGAGGCCGGCGCCCUUCAGGCGGGCCGCUACGUGUGCUACUCGGAGGAGCAGGGCGUCAAGUUCCAGACGGAGCGCUACCAGGUGGCGGUGGUGGCCAGCGCGCCGAUCGUCAUGGAGUCGCGGGCCCCGGACGGCAGCAUGGGCCUCUUCUGGGUGCUGGUGAUCACCCUGGGGGUGGCCUGCCUGCUGCUGCUCAUCGUCGCCCUCUACCUGCGGCGCCGGCUCAAGCUGGCCCUGGGCAAGGGCGCCGAGAUGAAGCCGCUGGAGAGCACGCUGGUGUACCCCAUCACCCUGCCCAAGGAGCCGCCCACGUUCGUGCCCAGCAAGAUGCCCAACGACGAGGACCGCUUCUGGGAGACGGGCGCCAACUACUACUACUCGGACGGCUCGCUGAAGAUCGUGCCGGGCCACGCGCUCUGCCCCGCCGCCAGCUCCUCGUCGCCCAGCGCCAUCCCGGGGCAGCCCAUCCACUCGCCCAGCCGCCUGAGCCUGACCAGCAUCCGCAACUCGGGCGCCAACGGCUACAUCCGGCUCAACCUGAGCACGGCCGGGGAGGAGCGGAGCAGCGGCGGGGGCCUCACCACCGGCGGCGGCGGCGGGGGCCUGGGGGGCGGGGGGGCGCUCAGCGGCAGCGGGAACGACUACUCCAGCCCCUUCAGGGAGGAGCUGCGCCGGACCCUCCAGCAGAGGAGCGUGCUGCCCGACGCCAACCCGGAGGAGUCCUCCGUGUAGGCGCGGGGGGGGGCAGGGCUUCUCGUCGGAGCAAAAGAGGCAAGUGGAUGGACUGGCCCAGCUAGAAAGUGACCUACCUCCCCUCCUGGAUGGAGACUUCUCUUUCACUCUCACUCGCUCGCUCACUUACUCGCCCUCUCUCACUCAAUCACAAUCACGACUCGACCGCUUCUCCUGCCCUCUCCCUCGCUCUCUCUCUGCCUUCCCCUUUGCCAGUGCUUAUUCAGCUCAACGUGACUUUUCUUGGCAAAUUUCAAAAGCGCUGUCCCCACGGGCGAUGCUCCAAAACCUGCUUCAGUCUACCCUACACACACACACACACACACACACACAGACAGACUCCAGCUCCGUUAAAGCCCGCUCCCUCUGACCGACGCAUUGCAACCUUUGCCGUGACUACAACAUCCUUUGUGCAAUUUCUACAUGGUGUAAAUUCUGUAUGUAAAGACACUGCAAGCGGCAAUCUGUGAAAUUGCACCUCGAGCAUGUCACAUCCGGUUGAGGUUCAGGGGGCACUGUGAAGACUGAAUAGAAUGCAUUGAGCCAGCCAUCCAGACAGACCUUGGCCAGGAGCAGCAAUGCUCAGGCAAACUGCGAGAGACACCAUUGGAAAGGACUCGCCAAGUUUCCCGUAGGAGGUUCAAUUAUUUGCUUGCUGCACUUUCACCGCCGUCUGGCCACGUUUUUUUUCCCUCUCUCCAGCCUUUGGUGAGCAGAGAGAGUCAGAGAGUGAUAUAUACAGGAUGAAUUGAAAACUCAGACUAAGCAAGACGACAAUCAUGUGCGCCUCCCCCCCCCCGAGGACAGGCCUGGCUGGGGCCGCACAGUAAUGGAGAGAAAGAGGGGUGGAAAAAUAGAGUGAGCAAUGUGAGGAAAAAGUAAAAGACAUGCUAAUGAAGGACAAAAGUUCAGACUUUUUCUCAGAAGCUCAUUUAAUACCCCCCCCCCCCCCCUGCUGUGUUUCCUCUGAGAAUGUUUUUUUUCAGCCCUUCAGCACUAAUAUAUUGUGAUGGUGUAAAUUAAAACAUUUCUAUGUUCAUUUUGUAUUUUCCUCGGAAGAACGGACACGAGAGCUGAUGACCAGUCGCGGCUCCGUGGAACCGGCCCUGUGUUAAAUGAGUGCAAAUUAGAAUGUGAAAGGAACGCUUAUUUCCGACCCCGCUUUCAUCUCGCCCAGCGAGAGUCACUUUCACUGUGCAUUAUGGAGCGGCAGGAAAACAAAAACUCGCUGUAAGACAACCCUGUUUUUGAAAAUGUUAUAUGAAGAUGACUGCAUUGGAUGUCUCAACAAGUGCAUUAUUGUAUGCAUAUUUAUGGAGGAGAUGGGUAGAACUGCCAAAAAAAAGAAUGAAAGAUGAUGUAAACAAACCCUGUGCCACCCCUGUAUGCCAAAUUAUAUGUAGGUGGGUGAUGUAAUGUGCCCUGGAGCAUCCAAUGGAAAUAGUCUGGGACAGUGUGUCCCUGUGUUCCCUGCCCUGAUGAAUGCCAAGUGUAGGAUGGAUGCUGCUCAGUGGAAGGAGGCGGACGGCCCUCAGAGGACGGCCGGAGAUGUGAUUGGGCAGGCGGGCAGGCUGACGGGCGACUGGAUGCCCCAUUGAGAGCUGCGUCGCUGAUGAAACACAGUGGUGGUUUUAGGGUGCAUCUGAGACUGGACGACUCCAAGAUGACAGUCUGGUCAUUAUCCACAAGAGGAGAAAAAAAUGAACGGGGUUUUAGAGUAUUGAAAUGACACCAUGCGUGAAGAGGUACUUUUAUGGCCGCUAUUGGUUCAUGUUGCAUGAUCUGCUACAAGUGUUCUGUACUGUACAUUACCAUAGCCAUUACAAUAGAAAUGUUUGUUUCAUCAGUAGCUGGACGAGCAAGGGUUUUUUUCUUUUUUUUUUCUUCUCAAGUGAAGUUUCUAGUUUAGGAUUACUGGUGGCUUAAAUUUUUUAAAAUCAGUUUUUGUGCUGUUAUGACAUGUUUACUUUAGCUGUGCCUCUUCACCUUGGUUAAGCCAAAGUAGACUGCAUUUUAUUUCUAACUCUUACUCUUGGUUGCAUCUGAUUUUAUGCAUUGCUUCAUCUGACGUUUAAGUCCGUCCACUGCACCAAACACAUCUGAUUUCUGCUCUAUCAAUUAAUACACAUGUACUCAAUAAAACCCUCUGAUCAAUAUACUUUCACGAACACAAAGCAUGCCGUAGUACCUUUUCUACUGUUCAAUUUCUACGCAUAGCAAUUCAUAUGUGAGAGACAGUGAUGCUGUAAUGCAUUGUUUGUGACUCAAAAUAUCUCAUUGUCUUCUUGAGGUUUCUGGAUAUUUUACAGCUUGAAAGCCCUGUGCACACAAUGCACCCCACAGUCAAACUAAAAGAGCUCUCAGGGCCAAAAUCUAAAGCUUAAACUUUUCUCUCUAUUGUUAUUGCGAAACUAUUAUCUUUCAUUUCUUCUUUUGAGACAAACUGAGUUGGUUUCCUUUAAGCAACACGCUGCUGCUUUGUUGAUAGAUUAUGGUAAAUUAUUGUUGGACUGUCUGGAAACUAACUUAAUAGAUACAGAAUUCUGGCUGCUGCUGUAUCUAAUGCACGACUGUGUAUUAAUUCUGAUAAUGUCCAAAUCAUUAUUCUUUGUUCCAAACAAGGUCUCUUUUUUAGGCCUUUUUGUCAUAGUGCUUUAAUUUUGCUGUUUGUUUAUUUGGAUGUUUUUUUUUUUUUUUUUAAUUAACAUAAUUCCUAUUUCUGUUAUGUUUUCAUGUACAUUCUUCUGUGUUGCAUUUUAAUAUUCUGUUUUUUAUUUUAAGUUUAAUGUUUAAGUAACUUAUUUUGUGUGUAAAAAAUGUCAAUAUUUAUUACCAUUGUACAUAUUUCCCUAUUUUUUAUAUAUGUAUAUAAACAUUAAAUAAAAGUAGAGAUC